UAUUGUAAAUUAUAAAAUAUAAUAAACACUUUUGAAUAUGCAUUUUUUGUUUAACCAAGAAAUAGAAAAAUACAAUAUUACAAUUAGGUACCCAUUACAUGAAUUCUAGCAUAUUAUUCUGAGAUUUAUCUGCACUUAAAUAUAAUACCGUGUGCGUCUUGUCAAUCACGCCCUCCCUCGUCUUACCCCGCCACAUACCUCAGGAGGAGACUAGCGCUUCCGCGCGCACUAUAGUCGAAAAUUUUCGAUAUGUCUAUCGGCUUUAUAGGCGUUCAAAAUGAAAAAAAAAAUACGUUAACAAACAUGACUGUUGGAGUUUGUAUAUUAAAUGUAAUGGCAGGCAACACUUGACACUUGAUUAGAUUUCGAAUAUUGGAAUUAUUUUAAAUGUUUUAAAAAACAGAUCAUUGUAUUCUCGUAAGAAAAUGUCAGUGACUUCUCAUCUAGACACGGCAUGAAAAACAUGUAAUAGUUUUAUAAAAAAUAUAAAGAUAAAAAUUGUAUAAUGGUGUAAAAGUGUUAAAGCUAUCUGCAAUAUAAUUAUAAUGAAGCAGUUGUGUUUUUAAAUAGCCCCUCAUCACCUACAGAACCCAAUCCCUUCAAAAGAUAACCGUCCAACAGGUUAUGGGCCCAGAACAAAUUUAAAAGGUAAUAUUUAUUAUAUUUUGCUGUUUAAAAGACGACAAUAUAACCGUGGAAACCAAACUGUUUAUAUACGAAUAUUCAUAGCAACCAAACAUGGAUUCAAUAAAGAUAAAACCUUUCACAAAUAAGGAUAAUUAUAAAGCUUGGAGAAUGCUAAUUAAAUUAUUGCUGGAUACAAAGGGUAUAAAAAUAGACGGUAAAAAUGAGGAAAAAUUGGAAAAUAAGGGGAAAUUUAUAAUAUUUAGUUAUAUUGAAGAAAAAUAUUUACAUUAUGUAAUUAAUUUGGAAACAAUUAUAGAAAUUUUUGAAAAAUUAGAUUUUAUGUAUGAUUAUAAUAUACAAGGACAAGAUAUAAAACACGUAAUGAAUUUUUUCGAGAUGCAAUAUUCAGGAAACAUAUUAGAAGAUAUAAAUAAAUUACAAAACAUACAGUUUGAAAUCACUAGUAAAGAGAACAAAAUUUCAGAACAAACAUUUAUGCACAAAAUUUUAAAUUUAUUACCGGAAAAAUUUAAUACUUUCAAAUCAAUUUGGAACAAUAUAGACGUAGAAAAGAAAAAUUUAGACGAAUUAACCCGAAGAAUUAAAAAUGAAUUGGAAUUCACCAAAGAAGAUUCUAUCAUAGAAUCCCGAGAAAUUUUAAAAGGAAACGAAAAGAGAUGUUUCAUCUGCAACAAACCAGGGCACAUAGCAAGAUUCUGUAAAAAUAAAAAAUGCGACCUCUGCGGCAAGUCGGGACAUAGUACGGAUGAGUGCUAUAGAAACAAAAUAUGUACCAGGUGUAGUAAGAAAGGGCAUAUAAAGCAAUUUUGUAGAACAUAUAAUUCGUGAUCGGCCGGUACUACACUGGAACCGACCGUCGACUAUUACAAGGUUGAAUUUCGACGUCCAAUUAGACAGAUACGGCAUGAUACCCUCAGCCUAACCAGAUACAAAUCAGUGCUAGGUACCUACUUCAGAAAAAUAAACCCUCAUAGAGUGCAAGCUAAAUGGCAAUGGACUAGACAUAUAUGUCAUAGAUCCGAAUAUCACUAGAACAAACGAGUUCUUCAGCGGAGACCGCUUUUGUGGCACACGCCCAAUGCUUGUGGCGUCUCCUGACCAGACAGCGCGAUGAUUUACGAAAGCUGACCGGUAGGAAGUGGAUGAGGAGAGCCGAAAAUAGUGCUCAGUUAUAGAAACUGGGAGGUGAACAAGUGUGGGCUGGUGAUGAUAGAGAGCAGCAAGAUUUUCCACCGAGCGGGUGUCUUGGCUCGUCGACGGUCCAAAUGUGCCAUCGGAAUAUAUACAUUAAUAUUGAGAAUGUCGCUAGCACGAUUCAAGCUUAUUGCCAGGUUUCGUUUUAUUCUAUGAGUGCCACUGCUGCAAGUUUUCAAAUAUACCGAAUGAGUAAUGGGUGUGCUUGGGCGAAACCAGAGUAAAAGCUUAUUAUAAUAUUUAUUUAUUGCUAAGUCGGGUGACCAUCACGGAUCACGACCUGCUAAGUGGUUACGGGAGCCCUUAGGUAUCAACAAUGUAAAUGCCACCACCCACCUUAAGACACGAUUUCUAGGUCUCAGUUCUAUAGUACAACGGCCAUCCCACCCUUAAAACAGGAACAUAUUACCCUACGGGCUCAUAAGACGCCAGUUUUUCUGUAACUAUUCAAGAAUAUUAUAGAUAGGCAGCAAAUCAUUUGAGUCACAGAGAUUACUGAUGUCGAUCCCCAUCUGGAGGCCCAAUGCCCGUCUGUUUGAUGAGAUGUUAAUUUAUCGAUAAUCUAAAAAUAAUGAUGACCUUGAACGAUUAUUGUGUUUCAACAAAUAAUAAAUUUGAAAUAUUUAAUUGUUUUUACGUUACGGUUAAUACAAUAUAAAAUGUUUCAUUUACCGAAAGCUGUCACAUACACUUGCACUAUGAGUAUUGGUAUUGGUGGUAUGAGAAAUUGCGAUACCUAUAAAAAUGGGGCGUUUCUAGAAAAAUCAGUGACAUGGAAAGAGCCGUUUGGACAAUUCAAAUGUUGGUUUGAAGAAGCUCGCGCUACGAAAAAGAUUCUGGAGCCCAGUGCAAUGUGUCUAGCCACAGUUUCACAGGAGGGUUUUCCGUCAGCCCGAUUUGUAUUGUGUAAGGGUUAUGGUAAAGAAGGAUUCAAAUUCUACACAAAUUAUGGAAGUAAAAAAGCUAAAGACAUAGAAGGGAAUCCUAAUGUUGCUGCUACGUUUUAUUGGGAUAUCCUGAACAGAUCGGUGAGGAUUGAAGGCACAGUCGAGAAACUCUCAGAAGCUGAAAAUUUAAAAUACUUUCGCACACGUGCAGUGGCCAAUCAGAUAGCAGCAUGUACGAGCUACCAAAGUACACCGAUAGUUUCUAAAGAUAUCCUAUGUCAAAGGCAAAAGGUUCUUGAGCAAGAAUAUCUGAUACCUGGGAAAGAAGUCCCAAAACCAAGUAACUGGGGAGGAUACCUCUUAGUUCCUAGGUCCGUUGAAUUCUGGCAGGGUCAUAAUGACAGAUUUCAUGAUCGCAUAAAAUACAGAAGACCAUACAAAGGGGAAGUGCCAGAUCAAAAACUAUUGCACGAAGGCGAAGGUGGGUGGGUUAUCGAGAGACUUUCGCCAUAAAUCCUGAAAAAUAAUGUUUGUUGUUAUUUAAAUUUAUAAUUUAUUAAUUUAAUUUAAUCAUAUAAUGAUUAAUAAUUUAAUCAGUUAAAUAAAUAAAAGCAAAUGUCUAUUUAUAUGUUUGUCCUCUAUGCGUUCCUAGGAUAUAUGAAACUCUAUUGAUAGUCCAAUCAACAUACUAUAGGUGACGCGCGAGUAGUUUCAAGAAGUCGACAACGAUAUGUAGCCACAGCAUAAUAAAAUGGUUUUACUACCAAAUAAUUUUGUUUCUUCUUUAUUAAUGUUAGCUUAUUAAUUGUUUAGCAUCUAUGAAAGCACAGAAGAAUAGGAAACUCUUCUUCCAAAUGUAUAUUGUGUUCUUAGCAUAGAUAGAAUACACAUAACAUUUAAGCAUAGAUUAUACACUUAAUAUAUUUGAGAUAGAUGCGCAACUCUCAUUUUUAUUUUUGCUUUAGUUAGAGCCCGGGACAGCAGGCGUCGCUGCUGUCGAUUAUUAGUCUCCCUACCCCCCACCAGGUGGCUUUUUUAGUAAUUUUAAUAUUUUUUAUAAUUAACUCUAUGAAAAAAUCUUAUCGUUUAGAAUCGCUGAAAUUCCCGGUAGUACUUAUGAAAUAUUAAAGAACGUUUGAUUGUGUUCAGCAUUCUAAUCGAUAAGACCUUUUCAUACAGAGAGAAAACAGUUUUUUUAAAUAAAAAGCUGUAAUUCUCUGUAAGCUAUUUAAUUUCCCUAUAUUACAAACAAUUUACUGUUAAAAGAUAGUAUGAACGUACAAUUGUAUAAAAUUUCGAAUAACAAUAACUCCUCUAGAUUAAUCCUACUAGAGUACUUAAUAACAUUAAAUCGAAAGUUAUCUAAAAGUUAAUUAAGUCUAGAUAAUCAAAUCAUUCAAUGUCACUUAAGUCAUUUGUGCGAAAUAUAAACAUGUCAGCUUUCCAUUACAAACAUAGUAGACAAUUUGAAUUAAAUUUAAUAAAUUUGUUUCUUAACUAUAGCAGUUCUUGCUUAAAGUUGAUCGUGACAGAUCAUGACCUUGUAUGAAAAUAUUACAUCUAUAAACACUACCUAUGCUUCGUCAUACAAUAAUUGUCAUUUAUACUAGCAUUGUAGAGAUAAUACACACACUAAAGUGAAUACUAAAUUAUUCUUAGCAUUCUUAUAAACAUUUAGAAAUUUAAGAAACUAUUAACCCACAAUCAUGUUCAUAACAUGUGACAUUUUGAUCUGCACAAACGUUUUAUUACAUGAUUUGAAAAACAAAAAAUGUUUAAAAAAUGUAAUGAUGAUUUAAAGUACUCUUAAAUAUUGAUAGUUUGUACUUAAUGACGCUUAUAGUAAUCUUAGACAUGAUUACAUUAGUUAUACUUUUAUUCCCUAUCUAAAUUAUUUCUAUUCUGACGUUUCUGAUGCUUUAGCUUUGGUAAUACUAGAUGAAACAAACAGCAGAUUGAAAGAAAAUCAUCUUAAAGUUAAUUACAUUCAUUACAAACCAUUAGUUUACAUUUUGUUACAAAAGAAACUGGUGUUCGUUACAUGCAAAUGAAUUAUAAACAUACACAUGCAAACAUAAAAUGUAAAUUUAUCUUUUAAUCCAAAUUAAAUGUACACUAAUAUUACAUCUAAAUAAUAGAAAGGGUUUCGAAAAUUUUUAUUGCACUCAACAGCAGACGAGCACGCAACCCGGCCCAUGAUAAGUGGUCACCAGUGCUUAUAAACUUCAGCAGUGCCAUAGGGGUUGCUGUCUAUCACUUAAGUUUUAAUAAAUUAUUAAUAUACUCAGUCACAAGCAUAUUGAUUUCACAUAAUGAAAAUGUAAGAAACAUAAUCAUGUUUGGGCAUUUUCAUUUAUAUCUGCUCAUACAGAAAACACAACUUAGCAAAUAUAUUCCACAGUUAAUCUAAAUAAUUGCAAAUAAUGCUUUUAAAGACCGUUGACUUUUGAUCAUUAAUUAAAAUCAUCUUCUCGUAGAAUUUACAAAAGGUUAUUUACAAAAAUUUAUAUCAGUAUUUUCAUAUAUUACUAACUUACUAAUUACAACUAUUCAAACGUAAUACUAUAACUAUAAGAACUAAACAACCUAUUUUAAAACAAAAUUGGCAUCAAUUUAGUUCUUAUGAACUAUUUCAAUUAUUAAUUUAUCAAUUAUAAACAUAUUUAAAAAAAAUUAAGAUCCCUUGAGAGUUCACGUUCCUUGCUGAAUCAGUUUCUCUUCUGAAACGGAGAAACAAAGUAUCUUAAGUAUGUAACAAAUAUUGAAAAAAUACGACCAUGAAAAAUUUAGUGUUAAUGUAAUCUUACUUACAAAUUAAUAUAUUACAUAACACGUUCUGGUUCAAAUAUAGUGCAUCAAUCUUUUCAUGUUUCAGACAUUUUAGUGCUCCUUAUAAUUUUUCCAUAAAAUUUUGUCAUUAUCAAACCUUUGUCUACAAAAAUAAAAACAUUAUUUUAUAUUGGGUAGAAGGAUGAACGUGGUCACAGGCCACUUGGUGUAACUUAGUUAUCAAACACCAGGAAACAAAACGUGAAUGCCAUCAUCUAACUUUGGAUGUGAGAUCAAUUGUGCUGUAUUUUAUUUAAACAGGAAAGCAUGACUGAUUGAUCAUUCCAAAAAACUAGUUCGGGCCCACUUGACAAUAAGCAUAUAAUACGCUGAGUUGCAAAACAUAAAUACUUCCACCCACUCGAGACAAUUUUAUUAUCUGAGGUGUGUGUGUGAUAGUACGAGACUUAAUACCGACUGUUUUGAUCAAAACUUAACAUAUAUGAUAGCUAGGCAGCAGAAAUAGGAAGGACCAUUAGUUGGUGCUAAUUCAUUUAAUUAUAUUAUGAAUAAUAAUUCUGUUAGCAAAUAAUAUACCGGGAAAAUAGUGUAAACUCACCGUUAUCAAGGCAUCCGAAAUAGCAUUUCAUUUUCGAUCUUCGAGGCAUGCUGAUUUUUAAUAAUAAACAUUCUGUAAGAAAUGAAAAUAGUUACACAGGCUUACGAAACGCUAACGAAGAAAAAAGUAUUGGAGCCAAGUUAUGUCUAAAGAGAAUUCAAAACAGAGUUUCUCAAUGUCUAAUCGUCUAAUAUUCUCAUAAAGCUAAAAGUUGCUCUAAAUUAAUACUACAACGUAAAAUAACUCACACCAAGACCAAAAAAAAACGAUUUAAAAAAUUAAAUCGUUACGACAUUUUGAAAACUUUUUUUUUUUUUGAGAUUGUUUUACGGCCCUGGAAUUUUGAAAACUUCAAAGCAGUGUUUCCACUUACGUUUUUUUUAACACAUUUUACCCUAGUUUCUUUUGAAUUUACCCUAAAAUUUCCUAGACAACUUUCAUAAAUCCUUUAUAUAGAAAGCGUAAAUAAAAUACAGAAAAUAAACCACAGCAUAUUAUUUAAUGUAGGUAUAUAUAAUAUAAACGCCCCCAGAAGAUCAUAGAUCUAUAGGAUUAGAAUUUUCAAGGAAGUCGACGCAUUGCUUUUAUAUUCUUUUGCUGCACAACCUAACACUGUUCGGUUCUAAAAUUGAGCAAUUGUUUGCUGGCAAAGUUGGGAACUUUCUAUGAAGCAAGCCGUUCAGGGUUUCAUUAGAAAGCCUGUUUCUUUUGUCAGUUUUUAAAUUUGAGAACACUGAAUAAUCUUUCCACCUCAGUCUUUGAAGAAGGAACUGCUAGCAAAAGUGAAAUGACAAUUACAAGGUUUCGUAAAUGAAAUUACCAUGAUAAUCUUUCAUGGUACAUGAAGUACCUGUAUAUUACAAUACAAGUAAGUUCUGGUGACAUCAACGAAAAUAGGUAAAUAAAAAUUUGGCGGAUUAUACUUAUUGGGAUUCUGGGGAAUCCCUAAGAAAAAGCAGUGGCUUAAUCUAUGAUUUACUUUACUAGAAGGUUACUGUUGAAUCAAACCUUUAUAGUUUUUAUACACAACUCUGUUUUAUUCUUUUACUUGUCAACUCGACUUAAUGUCAUUCUCUCUCCAUAAAAUAAAAUGUUCAUUGUUUUACUUUAAUUAUCGUUUAUUUUAAAAUUCACAACAGUUACUAGUAUAGGCUUUGCUUUUUACCCCGAAAUAUCCUAAAUCCUGGUAUUUUUUAAAUUGUCUUUAUCAUCCAAAAUAUCAGCUAUUUUUCCCUAAAAAAGGGAGAAUUCCCUAAAAGUGGAAGCACUGCUUCAAAGUACGCUACAUUUUUUAUUGAGUCAGAACUCAUAUAUGCCAUCUAGUGAGUUUAUUAGAUCAUUAAUGCCUAAAAGUUACAAAAAUGACGUCGCCACAGGAGUAAGAUGACGCUAGUUGUAUGUUAUUUUCCUUUGUAUGGGAGUUGCACCCCCCUGCAUUUAAGAGAUUUUAGUAAAUUCUCUCCACUUUACUGAGAUGUUAUUUCAUUAUUUCUCAUCCAAUACCUACAAUUUUACCUUAUCUUACCUCAGAUUCAAUUCCUUAAUAAUCAUUUAAUUUUAUUUAGUACAUUUUCACACAACAACACACUUGGAUUUGACUGUAUGGCCUACCUUACCUUUGGCUAUGUAAUGAACGAAUCAAACAAUGAUGCUUAUGUCAAAUCUGUCAUCAAUGGUGAUAAUUCAUGACUAAAAAAUUGAAAGGAACUUAAGGUGUGGCGUGAUCUUUGCGAAAGUUUAAUUUUCUACAAUGGCUGCAACUUUAAAACCGUAUCUAACAGCGGUGCGUCACACGCUCACUGCCGCUAUGUGCUUAGAACACUUUUCAUCGCAAGUUGUCGAGAAAUACACCAAGCCGGAGGUCGAAGUUAGAACAAGCAAAGAACUUUUACUCAAUCCUGUUGUUAUUUCAAGAAAUUCUAAUGAAAAAGUAUUAAUAGAGUCUUCAAUAAAUUCAAUUAGGGUGAGUAUUAUGAUCAAGCAGGCGGAUGAGAUAGAGAAAAUUCUUUGUAAAAAAUUUAUGCGGUUCAUGAUGAUGAGAGCUGAAAACUUCAUUGUAUUAAGGAGGAAACCAGUUGAUGGGUACCAUAUCAGCUUUUUGAUUACUAACUUCCAUACCGAACAGAUGUAUAAGCAUAAAUUGGUCGAUUUUGUAAUAUACUUUAUGGAAGAAAUUGAUAAAGAAAUCAGUGAAAUGAAAUUGGCUGUCAAUGCAAGAGCCAGAAUUUGUUCGGAAGAAUUCUUGAAGAGAUUUUAACUACUUCUUUCAGUGAUAGAAUGAAACAUCUUUAUUGUACAUAGAGUAUGAAUUCAUGUGAAAAAUUUGUUGCUUUGAUGGCUAUGUAAUUUUAAUUAGUGAUGGAAUUCAUAUAACCUUCAUAGACAAAUAAAUUGUAUCAUUACAAAAAUGACAUUUAAAUAUGUAAUUGUAGAAGAAACUAGAUUUUUUCUGAACUUAUUCUUUGAUAGCCUAAAGGCCUAUUCCAGGUAAGCACAGAUGGGUAGGUGCUUACAGGCUACAAUUGAACUAUUAAAAAUAUUACGUUAUUUAGAUAGAGGUCAGGGAAAAUACAUUGCAUACAGAUAUAAAAUUUAAUGCAGGUCACUGGUGCCCUAAGCGGCGCACUGAAAUAAUUACGUUGAUUUCUGUUACUACACGCCUGGAUUACCUAACUUUGCCUUCUUUUGUUUGUUAAUGUAUAUUUUAGACUUUUAGGUCUUCUAAAAGAUAGAUUUAUUCUUAGUACCUGUGAAUUAGUCAUUUCCAGACUCUACUAGAUAUUCCGGCACUUUAAUAUGUAGAUCAAAGAGAAAAAUCGUCAUUAUUACGUCAGUGUGCCGCGUAGGGCACCGGUGAUUUACAUGGCAGUCAACAUGUUAAUAAUUAUUGGGGCUUUGUUGACAUAUUCUAUUGUGCUAUGUGCUGAGUGUCCUAUCUAUGACUAUUAUUAUACUACUGGGAGCCCUUUAAGUUCUUUAGUGUAAUACCUUUUGACAAAGACAGCAUGUUGAUUUUGCUCCUUGAAUUGUCAAUGUCCACAUUCCACCAUAGACUGUUUGUCGAUAGCAUGAUUGUCUGCUUUCAUGGGUAAAAACAAUUAUUGUAAUUUGAUAUUUGUAAAAAGUAAAAAUAGCGUGAAUGUUUCUUCCUGUUCUUUUACAUUAUUAUUUUUAUGGUAUAAUUGUUUUAAUGUUGAUUAUGUAAGUUUUGAAUUAAUUUCUGGUGUAAUUUGAAAACUUUAAUAUUCUUAAUUAUAAUGCAGUAAAUGUGUAUAAUUAAAUUCAGAUUUAAAUAUAAAACAUUUUUUGUAUUUAUAACACUAAUAUGUCUUUUUUUUGUAAACCUAUUUGCUGGUAGCCUAUUUGGCUAUUCCAGCAUGGAUAGGUAGGUGAGCUCACUGGUUCAACCUGAAAGAACUUGCUAACACUAGCCCUUAGCAAGUGUAGUGCUUUGUAGAAUCUACCGAUGGAACACAAUUAUGACCUACGGUGGUGGUCUAAAUAGACAUAUUUUAAUGUCUAUGAAACACUAAUAUUUGUAUCAGUUUUUUGUAAAUAAAACUAGAAACUUACUUAA